AGAAAGUAAAGUGUAUUCCAACGCCUGACAAAGGGAGGGGUAUGGCUUCAGAUCGUGAAAGUCCUUGAGCUUUCUUGGUCCACAUGGAAGAACUUUAUGCCAUGCCCAAACAUUAUCCCGAAUAUAUCUACCUAGCAAAAACCAGACUGAAAAGUACCUACAAAAAUGAAGCAGAAUUUUGUUAAGUCUCCAUGCCUUGAUUUUGAUAUUAUUGAAGAUGGAUAUAUGUUGUUCAGGCGGUGAUUGUCAAUACUUGUUUUCAAAUCUCUCGAGUUCAUGCCAUAGUGCAGCUCAAGGUGUAGUUGCGAUAGGUAUGCUACUUAAACUGAUGCCUUUUCUUCCAUUUUCACAUUCUAACCAUUCUAUGAUUUCUUUAUUUCAAAUAGCGCUAUAACUUGAAAAUAUGCAUAUGGACAUAAUCAUUUCUUCUACUACUACUUUACAUGGUCGUUCUUUUUUGAAAUUUGAUACUUAUAAUCAGAUUGCAAUGCAUGGAAUCUUUUUCUUUUUAACUUCUUUGUCUUGGUGAAAAAGAAGAGUGUGUAUGGUCAUCUUAAACAACACCACCCUAUUUUUCGUAGCGUGUUUUCUAAUUCUAUCACUUAAUUUGUGGCCACUUUAGAUAAAUGAUCCGGAGGACUUGUGACUUUUUGGUAGUUCUUAUAUCUUUCUUUUUCAAUCAAUUAAGUUAUGGUUUUGAUGCCCUAAGAAUGUUAGUUUUCAAUUUCAAUGAUAAAAACUUGGCCAUUUCACAUUUAAUAUUGGUAGACCUUGGAAUCAUGUGAGGUGGUCUUAUUAUAAAUAUAACUCACAGAGUAAAGAAGAAGGAAAAAAAAUUCUUCUAAUUAGUUGUCUACAUUGGAGUUUUUUCAACAAGAAGGUGUUUUGGAAAUUAUCUUUCCCUCAUUAUGCACCAUUUGCUUUUGAUUUAGAAUUCUCAUAAUUUUUUUUUGAAAUGCUGGUUUGUAUGAGCCAGUGAGUAACUACUAUGUGCCACAUGCCUUUACUAAAUUGUUGUACAUGUUCAGAACAAAAUUUUGUGGGAGAUGAUAGGUUUGGUUGUCUGAUAGACAUGAAAUCCAAGCAGAGAAGAUUGAGGUGUGUUUUUUCUUCUCGUCGUAGAUUUACUUACCUAGUUCCUACUUUGUGCCUCCUCUUUCAAUUGUUUCUACGUUCCACCUGGUUCUAAAACAUAUCGGGUCUCUCGUAAGUUCUCAUUUAUGUGUUUUUGACUCGAAGUUAUAUGUUUCUACCUUCUUUUGAUGCUUGCCUAAUUAUAAAAUAUAGGGUUUCUCACAAGCUCUAGCGUCUGCGUUGUUGAGUCAGUGUUGUCUAUUUCUACCUUUUGAUGCUUGCCUUCAAUCCUAUGACGCCAUGCUAUCUGUCGAUUCUGCGGCGUAGUAAGGAUAAUAAUAUGUGUUUAUUUAUUUGAAUUGAUACUACAUGCAUAUUGUAUUUGGUAAAUAACUAAAUGAGGAUAAUGAUACGUGCUUAACUAAAUCCACUGUAAAUUUACAAACAUCAAAGGAUAGUAAUAUGUGUGUGUGUUUAUUUGAAUUGAUACUACAUGUAGGUCGUAUUUGCUUGAAUACAUUCGCUUGAUCUGCUUAGAUUAUCAUGUCUACUUUCUUCAGUUUCUAUUGAGAUCGUAUAUGUCAUUCUCUCUGCGUAUAUGUCAAUGGAUAAUAUUUCAUGCCCACAGCCCACUGCUACUCUCUGUGUAUAUAUGUUCAUGAUUCAUGUCCUCCAUAUGGCUUGUGGGCUUUUCCUUCCCCGGCCCAUUUCGUUUCUUUUUAAAAAAAUUUAUUUGGGUGAUUAUUCAUAAUUUGAUUUUUGAUUGGAUAAUUAUUUAUAUUUGCUUAUGGCUUUUGACUUUUUUGUUAUUAUUUUGUGUUUUAUGUUUCUGUUGUUGCGGCUUUUCAAUGUGGGUGUUUUCUCCUUAUUUUGGGGAUUAAAUUAAAUUAUUGAGAUUUUGAUUGAAUUGUGUUAUUUUGAGCUAAUUUCAUGUAGAAGUUAAAUUGUUGAUUUUCUCCCGUAUUAUCUGUUGCAAUUUCGUAUAAUUAUUUAUAUUUUUUCGUAGUUUUUUAGUCAACUUGUUAUCGAUUUGAAUUUUAUUUUUUAAAAAAUUGCAUAACCAAAUCCGUACUUAAUAACAAAAGCAAUUCAUUGAUUAUGUUUAGAAAACUAAAAUUUGCAAUUGAUUAUAAAAAGAUGAAAAGAUGGACUAACAUUCAUUCCAUGGCAAAGCAAAGCUGGUUAAUGAUCUGCCAAGGGAAAAGAUUCCAACCAAAACAAAUAAAGAAAAGCCUUCUAAAUGACUUGAGCCACGUGGAUCCCGGGUUUAACCAUUUUGAACCCCCAACCCGCCAACCACAAACCCUAUACCCAUUUUGAACAAGCACAGCUUCCCAAAGAUGGAUCCGGGUUUAACGACGGUAGAGGUGCUCGACUCUUUUGACGGAAAAACCAAGCAAGACUUGGAACGAAGAAUCUCGGCGGAGCUCCCUCUGUUGGUCGUUUUAAAAUUUCCAGAGAGAGUUCCGACUACAAUCUAGACCCGGAUUGAUCAAUGUCUAUAUGAACCGGACCGUCUGUUACGUCUCCGCAUAUCUUGACCAUUAAAGCCACGUGGCGCGUGAAAAAAGCAUCGUUUCCGCUUUCUCUCUUACGCUUAUCUCUGCCUGUUCAAAGACUCUUUUUUCCUUUCCUCCGGUCACCAUUAUUGCGUGUUUGUUUGCCGAGAAAGUGAAGGAAAAUAGAGUCGCUAUCCGCGGGUAAAAGAGAGGUAAAAGGAGAUGAGUCAACUCUUGAAUGCGCCCCCAGGACUUCUAUUCUUAAACAAAUCGAGUUUCUAUCCUUCCCGUACGAGCACAUUGACAUAUAUGAAAUGCUAUGCUGUCCAUUCAUCCAAUCAAGGUGGUUCACAUGGAAUUGAUCGUAUCAGAAAUUCAAUUGAAUAUAAGGCUUGUUCUUGUGAAGAAGUAGAGUCAGACGCCUUCCCAGACAUUGUUUAUGAUGAAGUGCAAUCAGAGGAUUUUCCAGACAUUCAAACUCUUAGACAAUUUCCUAAGGAGAAGCUUGAUGCCAAAGUUGUUUUGGUCAGAUUUGAUUCUAGAUUCUUACUUCAAGCUGUAGUGGAUCAGAGUGCUCGGUCAGUUUCCAAUGCACUUUUUACUAUUAAGUAUCUGCUUGACGCUAAGGCCAGAGUAAUUCUUGUGACUAGCUGGACUAAGAAGAUUCAUCAAGAAUAUCUGAGUGUAGAGUCUUUUGCAGGUACUUUGUCGUCACUUCUCCAACACAAUGUUGCUGUAGUGCAAUGUAUUGAUUGUGAUAUGUCGCUGAAGAUGGAAGAACUCCAGAAAUCAGACGUUAUUCUUCUUGAUAAUCUCUCUGAGUUUAAAGAAGAAGUUUCAAACUGUCCCAAGUUUGCUGAAUUGUUAUCAGCAGGAGUUGAUAUUUAUAUUAAUGAAGCCUUUUCUGAGUCUCACAAAAUGCUUGCAUCUACGGUUGGCGUUACACGCUUUUGCUCAGCCUGUAUGGCUGGUUAUCACUUUGAAGAGAGCCUGUGUCAACUAAAGAUGGCUGUGAAAAGGAACCAAGGGCCUCAUGUCGCAAUAGUUGGAGGUGGAAAUCUCUAUGACAAGGCAGCUGCAAUCCAUUUUUUAGCUUCCAGAAGUGAUGUAUUGGUGUUUGUCGGAAUGAUGUCAUUUCAAAUAAUGCAUGCUUUAGGACUUCCUGUUCUUCCCAAUUUGGUGGAACCUGGGGCACAUGAAGCAGCUUUAGAUAUAAUCCAGCUUGCGCAUAAUAGGAACAUAUCUAUUAUGUACCCCAAAGAUUUUUGGUGCACAAAUAAUCAUUUUGAAAACCAGUUGAAACUAUUUCCGGCUCAUGGUGUUUUGAAUGGUUGGCUACCAGUUGAUCUCGGCCCUAGUUCAUUAGAAGAAAUAGAGUCUCUACUUGCAAAGUGCCAGAAAAUUAUGUGGAUUGGCCUUGUGAAAUUCAAAUCCUCGAGUAGACAGACAAAUGGGGCCAUCAAAUUGUCUCAAAUGCUUUAUAAACAAUGCCAAAGACAUUGUGAUGUGACUAUCAUAGGCAACAUGGCCUGCAAGGAGAUGAGGGUUGAAUCAACUUCUGCCUCAGUUCUUAACCUAAUUGAUAAUGCUUCUGUUGUAUGGGAUUUUCUCAAAGGAAGAAAGCUUCCAGGAGUCAUGGCCUUAGAUAGAGCAUAUCCAUUUCUGAAUGACUGGAGAAGUGCAUUUCGUGAUCCUGCACAGCCUCUGGUAGUUGAUAUAGGAAGCGGAAAUGGACUGUUUAUUCUAGGAAUGGCUAGAAAGAGGAAACAUUUGAACUUUCUUGGUCUAGAGAUUAAUGAAAAGCUUGUUAGGCGUUGUCUAGAGUCUGUUAAUCAAUCUGCAAUUCAGAAUGGGCAUUUCAUUGCAACAAAUGCAACAUCAACAUUUCGUUCUAUAGUUUCUAGUUACCCGGGAGAGUUGGUCCUUGUCUCAAUACAGUGUCCAAACCCUGAUUUCAACAAACCAGAACAUAGGCGGAGAAUGCUGCAACAAUCUCUGGUCGAAGCAGUUGCUGAUCUCCUUACACAUGACGGGAAGGUUUUCCUGCAAUCUGACAUAGAAACAGUGGCACUGAGAAUGAAAGAACAGUUCCUGAAGUAUGGGAAGGGUAAACUCAGUGUUGUAUGUGACUACCAUGAUGCCAAAAUAAAUAGAAGAAUAUGGCUGGAAGAGAACCCUUUUGAAGUUAGGUCAGACUGGGAACAACAUGUCAUUGAUCGCGGGGCACCGAUGUACAGAUUAAUGCUUUCCAAGUCCAACAAUGCUUGAGUGAGUUUAUGGCAGAUUAUACAUGCGAAAGCUGGCACCGGUACUUACGUGGCUACAGCAUAAUUUAGAUUGGGCAGGCUCAGAUUUCAUCCUUUCUUGGUAUUUACAACGGUUCAAUCUACUCGGAGGUGAGUGUUUGUUUCUCCUCCUCAUAUUACCUUAUAUAAAGGUUAUCUAGCAGUGACUUGCUAGACUUUUAUGUAACUAGUGUUGCUAUGCAGCCUAUGCUUAUAACAGAGUGAUUGCCUAAUGGUAUUUGGAAAGGAGAGGAACACAAGAGAAGGCUGUUGCAAUUUCUGAUGACGGUUACGCUGGUUUUGUCUGUAAAACAAAACUUUUAUCAGUUACAUUGGCUUUGUCGAUACAUGUACCUGUGCAACAACCAGACUAGUUUUAGAUUUUUGCUUGUAAGGUAAACAAAAAUUGUAAGCUUGAAUGGAAAUUUGAGCCGAGUCCUCUUUCUAUUAUCAAUCACAAUCAAUGCUUCCCCUU